GUGACGCGCUGCGGGCGCGCCCCGGGCAUGGCGGCGGCGGAGCCCGGCAUGAAGCAGUUCAAUGGCGGCGGCGGCGGCGCGCCGGACGCGGAGCGCGGCCGCUUCCCGCACUGCGUGGUGUGGACCCCGAUCCCCGUGCUGACGUGGCUGUUCCCCAUCAUUGGCCACAUGGGCAUCUGCACCUCGGCCGGCGUCAUCCGCGACUUCGCGGGGCCCUACUUCGUGUCCGAAGACAACAUGGCCUUUGGGAAACCUGUGAAGUACUGGAAACUGGAUCCCAGCAAAGUCUGUGCCUCUGGCCCCAACGCCUGGGACACGGCCGUGCACGACGCCUCCGAGGAGUACAAGCACCGCAUGCACAACCUUUGCUGUGACAACUGCCAUUCCCACGUGGCUCUGGCCUUAAACUUGAUGCGAUACGACAACAGCACCUCCUGGAACAUGGUGAAACUGUGCUUCUUCACACUCCUCUACGGGAAAUACGUCAGCAUAGGGGGGUUUGUGAAGACCUGGCUGCCCUUUGUGCUGUUCCUGGGGGUGAUUGUGACCGUGGUUCUCACCCUGCACCUGCGGUGAUGGCCGCCCUGGCCCCCGGUGCCUGAGCACACAAAGGAAGAAACUGUGACUGAUCCAGCAGGAUGGAGGCGUGGCACUCUGGGAGCCUCUUCCAGGGAAGGUGGCAGCCCCACUCCAUCGUGACAGCUCAUCCUCCUCUCCUGGAGCUGGCUUCUUUUCCUCCUGUUUCUGUUCUGUCUCCCGGUGUCAGGGGUCUGGAAGCUUCUGCCCUCCCUUUCUGCAGUGGGAGUGGGAUCAGGGAAGGAGAGGGGUGGGCUCCUUUGCUUUCAGUGCCAGGAGGAGCCUCAGGGCAAGCUCUGCCCCCUGCAGUGGCACGAGCAGAGGCACCUUGGGAGGGUCUCUCUGAUCAGCUGCUUCCUCCUCUUCACCAGACGCUUCCUCAGAUUCCCUGGCUCUCCAGUUGGGAGCUGCAGUUUUCCCUGUGGCACAUCUCCCCAGUAGCACACGUUCCAGAGGGGAGCUGUGGGGUUCUGGGAGGGUGGGGUGCCCAGCACAGCCCCCGGUGAUGGCCCAGCAGUGGCAGGAGGUGUGUGGGACACUCCUGAGGGACGCUCCGUGGCAGGGCCAGCUCCCCUGCCCCUGCUGCUGGGCCUGGGGAGGCAGGGAAGCUGAAGGGCUGGCUGGGGAACAGCUCGUGGCAGGGUGCACCCUUCAGGAGGCAGCCCUUCGUCCCUUUCAGCUCGUGCCAGAGAAAAUAUCACUUCCCUGCUUCUCCCUGGGCUCUCUGUUGCUAAAUCUGGCUCUGCAAUCCCCAGCAGCCACUCUUUGAUCCCCUGCUCCCAGCAGGCAGCAGCUGGGGCAGGGAGCCUGAGCCUGGGGCUGCAGAGCCUCUGUGGGAGCAGCACCCGAGCCUGGGGCUGGGGAGGGGAGGUGCCUGUCUGGCUGGGCUUUGCAGCAGCAAACGGGGCAGUUCCUGGGUGGUGACUGGGAAUGUUCAGGGAGCUUUGGGGAGCACACCUGGGCACAGGUGCUGUGCAGGGGUUGGUGUGAGGAGCACAGCUCGGGCAGGAUGGGCCAUGGGGGGUGUCCCCGAGUGCCAGGCAGGAAGGGAGUUUGGAUGUGACCUGGAACCCCUCUGCAGCUGGGUCUGCUCUGCAGGUGCUGAUUUUGGAGGGCUCUGAGUUUUAAACCCCAGCCUGGCUGCAGGGUGCUGUGCAGCUGGGCAGGUCCCUGCUCGCUGCAGAGAGGGCAGAAGAGCUUUUCCACUCACACCUUGACUCCAGAACCUGAUGGGCUCCAAGGAAUCCAUUUCAAGGAGUGCUUGUGGCCAGCAGGAAAGCUUUUCUGGGGUCCCUGCCAUGUCUGACUGUGGAACCCCCUCCCUGUCAGCCACUGCUUCUCAGACCCCUCCCCACGUGCCUCUGCCACUGCCAGCAUGUGGGAGGGUUGGACCCUCCCCUUGAGCUGGUUUCUGUGUUUCCCCUUUCCCUCAGUCACUUUUGAGCCAGCCCUUGCACCUCCUGCUCGUCCUGUCGCUGCGGGGCUGCUGUGCUGUGUCCUGCCCGAGGGCAGGGCAGGGCACGGAGGCUGCCGGAGCCCCGGGACCCUGAUCAAAGGGAGCCCGGGCCGUUCCGAGCUCUGCUCCCCGCCCGGGAGCCCCGGGAGAGGGGAGUGCUUUCCCUGGUGUGAUUUCAGUGAGAUCCCUUGGAGUGCCGGCCCCGCGCUGGAUCCACCCUCAGCAAUAACCUCCAGCCCCUCCGCCCAGCCCGUCCUUGGUGUAUCCACGAGCUCUGCAAGAAUUGCCAAAGCUGAGGCUUGGGGGUGUCAGGGGGCCCCUGGACUUCCAAACCCCACUGUGAAAUUCCCUCUCGUUUGCCCCUGAUGCUUUUUACAGAGCGGAGUUUGGAGCGGCGAGGGCGAGCCCCCAUCCCUCAUCCUUUGUUCCCUUCAUCUCUGCGGGGCGCUGGGUUUCUUUGUAAAUAUUUAAACUCUGCUUCUGUGGUUUCAUAAUCCCGACGGCAGGGAAAUAAACUGAUUUCUGUGGA